AACGUUUUGCUUUUUCUCAAAGUUUCUACCUUCCUCAAUCCCGCUCAAUCCACAAGGAGCUGUGCUUUGCUGCACUACCCUUCAGCCUGCACUCAAGUCUAAUCUCAUUCUCAUAUUGUACAACUCCAAUAUUUAAUUAUUCAAAUCUAUUAAUUCCAUAAAAAUAAAACAAUUUGAUAAAGUCCUACAGAAAUGUUGAUCACACGAGUUCUGUGCAGUCGAACUCCCAAUGCCGAUGGUUUCUGGAAACGAAGACGAGUUUUUAAACUUACUGCACAUUACUAUGGCAGAAAAAGGAACUGCUACAGCAUAGCCAUCAGGUAUCUCCACCGAGCAUUGGUUUAUGUCAGGAAAAGCCGUAAACUGAAAAAGAGAGAUGCAGUUGAGUUGUGGCAGCAACGAAUUUCAGCAGGGUGCCGAGAGCUUGGCUCUUCUUAUGAAGCCCUGGUCAGAGGGAUGGCCAGAUGCCAGAUAGCCCUUGACAGAAAAACUCUUGCCAAUCUGGCCAUCUGGGAACCAAGAACUUUCAAGUCGUUGACUCACAUUGCUGCUGCCAAACUGCAGCGAGAACCCAUCAAAGGCUUGAAUGACUUUAGUCCUCCACCGGCAGGAGUGAUAACCAGAGGAAUGUUGUAGGUUCUUGUAUAGGAGAGCUUGACUGUACCAGCUGUAGAGUAUUCUAAUAAACUUUUGAAAUAA